UCAGAGUUAACAUUGGCCAUGUGUGUAUGUUGCCGCAACUACUGCAGGACUGUUAGCUACAGCUACUGUUUACACUUUAGUUAUACAUAUUUAAGAACAUAGUCAUUAAACUUUGGGUUACAAGGCUGUCUUAGGUUCAUUAGGAGAGUAUAUAUUUCCUCAGCGGACCCCGUAAAGUAAGCUUCAUCUGAGGAAGGUGUUCUGCUUCGCGUUAGCUUUCCGUAGUUCAGCUGAUAUGCCAGUAUGUAUCUUUUAGCUGAAUGAACUUCUGCUGAUGGUUUAGCGUGGCCAUUGAGCGUGACAUGUUUAAAAUCCGACCGCUGUUGAGUGCCUUAGUUAACCACAGACGGACGUUAGAGAGAAACGGUGGCUUUUUUCAGUUCUUCUGCAAGAUGAGUGAAGGACCCAGAGAUGAGCAGACAACCAAGAUGCUGAAAAGAUCCAAUGAGGAGAAUGAAGACUCUGCCGAGAAGGUGCAGGCUUCAAAAAGAAUAAAAGCAGAGGGGGAACACGCUGAAGAUGAAAAGAAAUAUCCCAAAAAGAAAGUGGUCCUCCUGUUGGCAUAUUCUGGAAAAGGAUACUAUGGCAUGCAGAGAAAUACUGGAAAUUCUCAGUUUAGGACAAUUGAAGAUGACCUCGUUACUGCACUUAUUAAAUCUGGUUGCAUUCCUGAAAACCAUGGAGACAACAUGAAGAAGAUGUCAUUCCAAAGGUGUGCCAGAACAGAUAAGGGUGUAUCUGCAGCUGGCCAAGUGGUGUCUCUAAAGCUGUGGCUGAUUGAAGACAUCGUUGAAAAGAUCAAUGAGUAUCUGCCACCACAGAUCAGAGUGCUCGGUCUUAAGCGGGUGACCCAGAGUUUCAAUUCCAAAAACAACUGUGAUGCUCGUACAUACUCCUAUAUGCUUCCAACAGUGGCCUUGUCCCCAAAAGACUAUGAUACUGCGAAUAAAGCAGCUUUUCGCCUUGAGCCAGUGACACUACAGAGGGUGAACCGUCUGUUUGCGCUCUACAAAGGCACCCAUAACUUCCACAACUUCACCUCUCAGAAGGCUGCAAAUGACCCCAGUGCCCGCCGCUACAUCACAGAGAUGUCUUGCGGAGAGCCUUUCAUCUGCAGCAAUACUGAGUUUGCAGUGAUCACUGUGCGAGGCCAGAGCUUUAUGCUGCACCAAAUCCGCAAGAUGAUCGGCCUGGUGAUUGCGGUGAUAAAGGGCUACGCGAAGGAGGAAGUGAUGGAGCGUAGCUGGGGACAGGAGAAGGUGGAUGUUCCCAAAGCACCAGGUUUGGGGCUGGUCCUGGAAAAGGUUCACUUUGACCGGUACAACAAGCGAUUCGGUGGGGACGGGCUGCACGAGCGGCUGGAAUGGGACGGCGAGGAGGAGGCGAUCAAGGCCUUCAAGGAGGCUCACAUCUACCCCACCAUUGUUGAGACGGAGUGUCAGGAGGGCUCCAUGGUCAGCUGGAUGGCCACACUGCCUAUCCAUGACUUUGAAGCCACGGCUGCUGACACACGAGACAAUAAGGACCAGAAACAGGACAACGCAGAUGUAGAAAAUGCCUCCGAUUAGGUCACCUGGUCUGCUGAAAGACGAGACAUUUUCCCACCAAAACAUUCUUUCUUUUGUUGGGAAUAAACUUUCUAUUUACUAUAUCUUCCAAGGAUAACUUUCAUUUUGUGGAAUUAAAUUCAGCUUCUCUUAUACAAAUGUUAUUAAACAAACUAUAAAAGAUAAUAAAA